CUGAUAAGGAGUUCGUUCCUAUGGUUCGUUCUUGCACCGCAGAUAGUCCCGAUAUUUAUAGCAUAUUUUUCAUCUGAUUAGGAAAUUAAAAUGAGUAGGUAAAUCAAUAGUAUAAAUUGUUAUACUUAUAGGAUAUCUGCUUGUCAUUAUGUAUGCUAUUUGUAUUUAUCCAUCGGACCUCAUCACGGAACAGGGAUUGUGGAGACGUUUGUUUUCUCCCCGGUACAAAAAUGCCGACGUACACAAUGCUUUGUAGUAAAGCAAUGCUGCAGUCGAACAGUGAGAAAUCCAUAAGACAACUUUUUAAAUGAUUUAUCACACCAUUAUCCGGUAAUUAUGGGAGAUAAUAUCCCGUGCUCCCAGCUAGAUGAGAGACCGCCUGUUGAAAAGGAAGAUUCUGAACAGGUAGAUGAAAAGAUCAGUCAAAUAGUAGAGGAUACACCGUCAGAAGAGGAGGAUGAAGAAGCACUGCCACACUCAGAAAUACUGGACAUCUUUGAAGAGGGGCUGGCACGGCUUGUGCAGGACCCUCUGCUUUGUGACCUGCCAAUUCAGGUAACUCUAGAAGAGAUCAAUUCACAAAUAGCUUUGGAGUAUGGUCAGGCCAUGACUGUCCGAAUAUUAAAAGCUGAUGGUGAAGUGAUGCCCAUAGUUGUGGUGCAAAAUGCAACAGUACUGGAUUUGAAGAAGGCCAUCUGCAGAUUCAUGGAGCUCAAACAGCAGAGGGAGGGAGGAGUGAAAUACAUUAGCUGGAGGUAUGUUUGGAGAACAUUUCAUUUAAUGUUCCAAGGGGAGAAGCUUGAGGAUGACAAAACAAAACUAAAAGACUAUGGAAUCAGGAACAGAGAUGAAGUGACAUUCAUGAAGAGGCUGAGGAAGAAAUGACAUUGACGGACAGUCAUUUUUUGCUAUUUUCGACCAAAUGUUCUUGAUCAAAUUAAUAAUCUGUAAUUGAUAUAUGUCAAUUAUUGCUAAACCAAUAGCAUCUUUUAGGAAAUAGAAUGUUUUAUCACAGUUAACUAGUUAAGACUGGUAAUUGUAUGUCAGCUUUCUGAUUUGCAAUGCAAAUCAUCUGUUUUCAAAGGCCUUUUGGCUGUUACAUAAUAUGCAAACUAUACCUACAGUGGAAUUUAUGCUAGUUGUGGCACCCUCCAUUUGUCUCUUUUAUGAAAAAGUUAUUACUUUUAAUUACACUUUGUAACACACUUUGUGUGUUUUAUUUCAGACCUUUACCGUGUCAGCUUGUCGUUGCCCUAUUGGAGUUCUUUAAAAUCAAAGAUGACAUUUUAGGGCCAGGUGGAAAUGUCACUGAACGUAAUAUAUAUUUUUUGGUAUUUGUCUUUUUUUUUUACUAUUUUCUAUGUGUUUGCUUUGUAAAAAUGUGUACUGUUGCCCUUACGAUGGAAUAAAAUUUGAGUUACAUCA